UAAGAACCGGAAGUUUAUUUUAUUUCCGGGGUGUGGGUGUCCAUCCAGAUAGACACGAGAGCCGAAAAUGUCGAAAAACACUGGUGCUAGCAAAUUUAGGAAGGUGAAUGUCGACCAGUUCGACGAAGAUCUAUAUGAAGAUGAAGAAGAUGAUCAGGAAGUAGACGUUGGUCCCAAUGAAGGAGAAGUCAACACAUUACUUGCUCAAUCAAAGCAGAAGGAAGCGUUGGCAGCGGCCCUAAAGAACCCUCCAAUCGGACGCAAAAAUCAAGCACUUAAGGACAAGUCAACAAAUCUUGUAGUUCGAGUUUUGCAGUCUUUCAAGAGUAACGAGAUUGAAAGCUGUGUGAAGACAUUGGACGCCAAGUCUAUUGAUAUUCUUAUGAAAUAUAUUUACAAAGGUUUUGAAUUCCCAACAGAGAAUAGCAGUGCAAGUCUACUUGGCUGGCAUGAUAAAGUGUUUGCCAAGGCUGGACAAGGCUGUAUUAUACGAGUGCUGACAGACAAGAAACACCUGUGAUGAUGCGUAAACUUGAUCAAAACGUCUCGUGCAAAAUAAUUCCAAGACUUUUAUAACUGUAAGACUUUAUAAUCAUGAUGAAGUCAUGUACAAACACAUACACUAUCACAGUACUCCGGUGCUGGGCAUAACCAUACAUGGUCACAGUGAUGCAGUGUUUAGACGGUGAUGUAGGAACAUGUGUCAGUAUCCGACUGUAUAUGACCUCCGAUACAAUCUCCAGUUACAUGUAUAGCGUAGCUUACCCUGGCUAUCAGCUUACUGUGUACAUGUGUGUGUAGGUGAUCAUCAGUACUUGUCAUAUCAUGUAUUAAAUGAUGCCAGUUUACUUAUAUCUCCGGAUUGCUUCAGCUGCUGUGUACGAGUCGAGAGUCUUCAUUUAGUGCGAGUGGCUUUUAAUUUAUAUGAAUAUAUUCCGAUUUACAUUAAUACUUGUAAAACCUUAAUCACAAAAAUUCUAUCUUGACGUCAUAUAUCCAUUCUUUUUCUAGGAUUACAGAUAUGUACCAAUGGCAAAAUACCAAUUGAAUUAAUAAUACAAAAUGUGCUGUAUACACAAACCAAGGAUUGUGAGAUAUUGCCAAAAGUUGCAGAAAAGGAAUGGUUACCGAUACCUCUAAGGAUAUUUUAUGCUGAUUUACCAACUUGCUUCACCCAUGUUGAAAACUCGGUUGUGAGUUUUCACACUCGGAUAUUGUCAUUUGAGUACAAUGUAGCUUCGAUCUCCUGUGAUAAUUUAAAACUCCUGGUAUUAUUCUGUUGGAUAAAGAACUAUUUGACACGACCAAUAUAUAAAUGUUAACUUGCCUUGUCACUAUCAAAAAAGGUACAAUGUUAAUGUGCUGCAGUCUGUAUCCCGAGUUCUGCAUACGUAACCACAUUGUAAGAGGAAUUUGUAUACAAGUCUUAGUUAUAUUAUGUGUAAUGUGUACAAGUUUAUGGAUAAAUAUUUUACAAGAUAUUAAAUUUAUUAACAAGUC